CCACUAAAAAAUCAAAACACACUGUAGCCUCAUAGUCUCAUCAUUCAGAUAGUUCAUUCUCGUUGAAUGAAACAGCACCCAAAGAGAAACAAAAAUGUGUUCAGAAUAUGAGUGCGGAAUUUGUUACAGAAGCUACAACACGGAUCGUCGGUGUCCUCGUGAGUUACAGUGUAAGCACAUCUUUUGUGAGAGCUGUAUCGUGACUCUUUCUCGACCCUCGCUAUGUGAAGUGGAAUCCAGGAAGGAAUGUUCGCGGCAGGACAAGACAAUUGUUUGCCCACUGUGCCGGUACACAACGUCGGUCUCGGGUAAAGUGAGGGCAGCGCUUCGGGUAGACGAAGGUAUUCUUGAGCGCAUGGUGUCAUCUGGCGUACUAAGCAUGACAGACGACGAGGAGGAUCGUGAAGAUGAUGAGACUUCUCAUGAGAACUCAGCCGAGGAAAGGGACUCCUCUUCGGGUUCCGUAGUUGGAAGGUUCCGCCGUUCGCUGAGGCGCGUCUGGGGAAAAUUAACUCGGAAUAAUGACCAACGGAGAGCGGAGUGUAUGACUGAUGAGGACCUACGAGACCUUGCCAUGAUGUCAUGCUACAUCAUUUGAUGAGGACUUCGUUGGAAAAAAGUAAUCAGCUGCUGCUGCACCUGAUUGAUCAGAGAGAGGGUGUUGCUGUCCACGAGCCAACGCUACAGUAUUUAGAAUGUAGAAGACUGGCGGGUCCAGUUGGAGCAAGCAGGAAUAUAGCCUCUUCGCACCGGGGAGACCUGUACACGUUGAUCUCCCGUUGCCGAAGUUGACAUCCCUUGCCCCGAAUAACAUAUUUACCAGCCCUCUGGUUUAUUUCCGAGAAACUUUACCUGUCACUGAAGGCAAUUCUAUAAUCCUGUUUACCAUUCGGUACGGGCUAUACAAUGUGUGAACUAUGGUAAAAAUGGUAUAAAUAUACAUUUUCUGAAGCUCACUCCCUAGUCCCCAUACAGCCUACUAGUUUUCCGUGAUUUUACCAUGUGAUCCUAGAUGGCAGCACACCAUUAGGAAGAUAGGAUGUGAUUUUGGUUAAUUUGAGGAAAGUUGGAUAUAAAUGUUUUUUUUUUCUCCACACGUAAGAAUAAACUAACAGGAAUAUAGCUUUGUUUACACGGGCAGCCCAAUUCUGAGCUUUUUUAAACUAAUUGGCCAUUUAACCAAUCACAUCAGAUCUUUUCCAGAGCUGAUCUGAUUAGUCAAAAUAGCCAUUAUUGGGUAAACAAAAUAUCAGAAUUGGGCUGCCUGUGUAAAUGCAGCCUAUGUAUUCUAUAAUAGCCAACUAGGCCUAAGUGUCAAUUUCUUCUCACUUGCAUGUCAUAAUUUGGUGGUGACCAAACAUAAACACAAGGAUAAAACAGAAUUGUAAGAGACCAUAUAGGCUUUUCUCUGAAGCCAUUUUGCUACCAAAUGAAAUGUUUUUGUAUGAAAUUGUCUUUGGUGCUUUGAAGUAGCCUAUUUUAUUUAACCUUUAUUUAACUUGGCAAGUCAGUUAAGAACAAAUUCUUAUUUACAAUGAUGGCCUACCCCGGCCAAACUCUAUGACUUUCCAUUUCCAAAGAUUAGAAUAAGUAUUUAAUAUUGUUGGUGCUAAGUUCACAAGCACAAACUUAAUAUAAUUCAAUAUGUAAUUCAGUGUAUUUACUUCAUUCACUUUCAUUGAUUGUGCAGUUUUUUUUAGGCCUAUGUUUUGUUGUAAUAAAAGCAUAUAGGCAUACCAAUA